ACUGGGCCGGGCGGAAGAAGUCGAACACAAGGUAUUUCCGGUUCCGGUGUCAGUUCGAGGCGCCGCCGCCGCAGCCGCCGGAGACGCGAUGCCUAAAGGAGGGAGAAAGGGAGGCCACAAAGGCCGGGCAAGGCAGUAUACAAGCCCUGAGGAGAUCGACGCCCAGCUCCAGGCUGAAAAGCAGAAGGCCAGGGAAGAAGAGGAACAAGAAGAAGGUGGUGAUGGGGCUGCAGGUGACCCCAAAAAGGAGAAGAAAUCUUUAGACUCAGAUGAGAGUGAGGAUGAAGAUGAUGACUACCAGCAAAAGCGCAAAGGUGUAGAAGGGCUUAUCGACAUUGAGAACCCCAACCGGGUGGCACAGACAACCAAAAAGGUCACGCAACUGGAUCUGGAUGGGCCAAAAGAGCUUUCAAGGAGAGAACGAGAAGAAAUAGAGAAGCAGAAAGCAAAAGAACGCUACAUGAAAAUGCAUUUAGCUGGGAAGACAGAGCAGGCCAAGGCUGACCUUGCCCGGUUGGCCAUCAUCCGGAAACAGCGGGAAGAGGCAGCGAGGAAGAAAGAAGAGGAGAGGAAAGCAAAAGACGAUGCGACUUUGUCAGGAAAACGGAUGCAGUCGCUCUCACUGAAUAAGUAAGCACGGCUGUGGAGGAGAGGCCAGGGGCUGGGCCGUGCCGCCAGGACCCCUCCCGUGCCACCUGCCCUGCACCCUGGUGCCGCUGCAGCAGCCCCUCAUGGCCAGGAGCCCCCCACGGCCUGGGGCCUCCUCUUCAUCUUGGCACAGAAAUCGUUUGGGGGGGUGUGGGGGGCUGGGGGGAGGGGGCAGCUGCUAUCUUUGAGACAGAAAGAUGCAGGACAGCAUUUCAUAUGUAACCAUUUGAAUGUUUUUGCUGUUUUUAGAAUUCAGAACCCUGGUUGGGGGGGUGGGGGGCGCCUGGGAGGUGGGGUAAGAAGAGCUUCCAUUUGUUCAGUAGAUUGCACGUUAGUGGGUGGUCGUGCCAGGGGCAGCUGCUGAUAAGUUUGUGACAACUAGCCCCAGUCUGUGUUGCCUGGGUGCUCACUCAGAGAGGCUGUUAUCCAGGAGCCUGUGCUCCUGGGUCCCUGAGGGUCAUGUCUGGUCCCUGGCCAGUCCCCUCUGACUGAGGCCUCUCCUCUCUGCCCUUCCCUGCCUCAUUCCCACCCAUCUGGCCGGGGCUAGUACCCAUUUUUAACCCUACCCAUUGAUCAUUUCAAGAAAACCUCUGUUUACUGUGCAGCACCCAGGCAAAACAUGUUCCACAAAUUCAACUUGUAUAUUUGGCAGAUUAAACUUGACAUUAUCGUAA